AUGCAAAUCUGGUUAUUGGUACUCGCCAUAGUCGUAUUUUUGUUAAGUAGCGCGACCACAUACAUUCAAAAAAAACGUCAUGCAUUUAUUCUAAUAUGUCUCGGCGUGACUGGACAACUAUUCAGUUUCUCGAUAAUUCUCGCUGUUGCUACUGCCGGUAUCUCCACUGCCACUGAUGAUGCUCUUGAUAAUUUUACAAUGUUACAGAAAGUGUUAUGUGGCAUAAGUGGUUCGAUUCUGUCCGCGCAACAUACAUCAAAUUUCACAGUUUCAUUAGCAUUGUCGAUUGAUUUAUACAUGACGCUGGUGAAAGGAAAGGAAGCGGGAAAGAAACUGAAAUGGGUUUAUCGAGCGUUGUGUUUAAUAGCUCCUUAUCUUUUGACAUUCUUGAAUAUUUUGGUGGUGGUGUUGCUGAACAAAGGAGAGGAACCAUCGUUUGAACUACUGGAGAGUCUCAGUGUAUGUCAAGUGAGAACUCAUGUUGCAAACAAUCGAUAUCAAUGGACGAUAUUUUUGGUUAGAAUUGUACCAACGUAUCUGCCCAUUUUUCCGGCAUUCGUGUUAUCUUUCAUGGCGAUUAUUCCAUUCGCUAUAAAAUUAUUUGAGACACGAUACUUAAAACAACCUACUCAAGCAACAGAACUACCGACACCUGUUCAAUCACCAAAAUUAGAAUACGGAUUUCAACAUGAACAACAACGACGACGAUACUCUUUAAGUGACGAUACAAUAGUGCAGCGUACAGUUGCCACGACAGCAGCAAACGAGAAAAUAUUGACUCGUAGUAUCGCUGGUCGAAUGUACAUUUGGUGUUUUAUCGUUUCCUGUCUUGAUUUACCAAUAAGUAUUAUGGGAUUUAUCGAGUUUUUUCAAUACGAUGAUAGACGUUUCACUGGUAGUGUAAAAAUAAUAUUGGAAUUAGUUGUUCAUUGUCUCAUAUUUUUGGUGUUUGCCACCGGAAAUUAUGCAAAUGAGCAGUAUCGGGGUAUUUGGACUUUGUUGUGGAAUUUACGCAGACAAAAAGCUUCCGUGUUGGAGGCUACUUCAAACAGGGAUAAACCACUUCACCGAGUUUCAUCUACCGCUUUUGUCGGAAUGGCGAAUAUCAGUUACAUAACUGGCUUCAAUAGAGGUGGAUCAAUUAGUAAAAAUAAUAAAUCUGCAUUAUUAAUAUCGGAGCAGUCACUCUCAAUAUUUCCUUCGGCUCUUAACUCAUCAUCAUCGCCCUCAUUGUUACCAACUGUUCCUCGGACUGUUAACAAUAAUUAUGGUAACAAUAAUAUUUCAUUGUCAUCAACAACAUCGACAACACAGUCCAACAAUAAUUUUCCUAAUUUAACAACACCGACAACAAAAAACUAUAAUAAUGAAAAUGAUGGCAAGAUUGACAUAACGAUAAACGACGAAAUGGACGACGAAAUGAGCAAUAAAACACCAUCAUCAUCGUCGUUACCUAGUGUAUAUUCAGGUACAAGCAACAUUACUUCGACACCACCAAGAAUAUCCACAUCACAUGAACGGCAUUCAUGGUUAAAAAAACCGCCUACACGGUCAAUAUCACCGGAUAAUUUGCACGAUGUGGGAGUUUGGGAAUUCUGA